AUGGCGCUGGCCAAUCAGCCGUCGCCUCAGUGCGAGGGGGUCAUGGUGCAGCUGCUGCAGACGCUCAACCUCAUGAUUCAGAACCUCAAGAGCGAAAAGGCCAUCUACUACAUGUUCAGCAAGGAGCACAUCAACAACGUCAUCUCCUUCCCCUUUGAUUUCUCCGAUGAGGAGCUGCUCGCAUACUACAUCUCCUUCCUCAAAACGCUGAGCAUGAAGCUGGACAAGUCUACCAUCUCCUACUUCAUCGUGGAAAAGGAGGAUGGCAGCAGCGCCUUCCCCCUGUACGUGGAGGCAAUCCGCUUCUUCCACCACGAGGAGAGCAUGGUCCGCAUCGCCGUGCGCACGCUCACCCUCACCAUCUACAAUGUGCAUGACGAGCGGGCCAACCGCUUUGUGCUGAGCCCAUCAGCCAUCCGGUACUUUGAGGACCUGGCCAUUUUCGUGCGCCAGCAGAGCUUCACUCUUGCUCGCCUUGUUGCCAACGCUGUCAGGAACUUUGGGUCGAUAGUGGACGUGGGGCGGGUGGAGGCGUCGAUAGCGGAGAUCGGCGAUCUACUCUACUACUGCAACGACGUCAUGAGCGCUGGAAUCCCACAGCUCUCAGAGGUGGUCUCGGAGCACCUCCUCAGCAACUGGGUCUUCCCCGUGCUCCUCGCCUCGCUCUCCCCCGAGUCUGGCUCGCCCAAUGCGAAGCGCAUAUCACCGCUGUGCGCCAUGUACCUGCUGUCGCGUGUGCUGCAUGUGGUGACCUACCGCCCCUUCCUCGACACCGCCACUCGCUCCAUCGCCGCCUCCCUCUCCGCCAGCCCUGCUGGCUCCGACGGGGUGCUGCCUCAGCUGUAUGAGUUCCAGCAGCAGCAGGGCAAACCGCAGGAGAAGCAGCAGGAGAAGCAGCAGGAGAAACGGCAGGAGAAGCAGCAUGUGAGGAGGAGCAGAAGCGCAUCGAGCUCUGCGGAUUUUGGGGUUCAGGAUAGCGAGUUUGGUGUAGGGAAAGGGAGGGAAGGAGCUUCUGGUGGCGCUGGUGGUGCGGCAGCAGCAUUGGUAGGAGCAGCGGCUGCAGCGGCAGGCACAGCAACAGCAGGUCACAGGUUGUCUGAUACCCAUCACCUCUCUGCAAGGCCUCCGGUCCCCCCUCCUGCUCACCUUACAACCACUGCUUCUGCUUCUGGUGCACAAGGCAUAGUCUCCCCACCUUCUGCAGCAGCAGCAGAGAGGAGGGAUGGAGACGCGAGUGCAGGAGGAGUGGCAGAAAGGGGAGAAUCCUCAGCAGUAGACAGGGCAGAAGGGAAGAAGGCCAAGUGGCCGCUGGCAGCAAGACCUGGAAUUGCGGACUCGCCUAAGGGUUCCUUCUCAGAGAGUCUGGAAGGGCGGGAGGGCAGAGAUGGGGGCAGUGAGGAAGCAGGGGAGAGAGGAGGGGAGAGAACAGGGGACGGCAGGGAAGAUGUAGCGGCAGCAGAUGCGCCGAAUGGGUAUGUUCCUGGAAGAGAGGAGGCAGAAAGCAAGCAGGGGGAAGAUAAGAAUCGUGGGGAGGAUGGGAAUCGCAGUGGUGGUACGAGCGGUGUUGUGCGGUCAGCAUCGGCACGAGACAGGCCGGCUCUGUCGGCGCGCAGGCACCUCAGGACCCAGAGCAGCGGCAGCAGCAGGAGCCUUACCGACUCGCCCCAGCGCAUCAAGAGCUCAGACUCCCCACAGCAAAUGAAGAGCUUGGACUCUCCGCAGCUGAAUGAGAGCUCGGAUGCGGUUCAGAGGAGCUUCAGCUCGCCCCUCAGGAGCUCCCCGUACAGGAAGCAGCGCCAUGCGUCUGACACCAUUAUCCUGGACCUCGACCCCACUGCCAGCGCCUGGAGCUCGUCGUACAGGAAGCAGCGCCAUGCCUCUGACACCGUCAUCCUGGACCUCGACCCCACCGCCAGCGCUUGGUACGUUCUCUUUCCCUACUUCCUCGUGUUUCGAGUCGAGUCAAAGCUCCCCUCAGGAGCUCAUCGUACAGGAAGCAGCGCCAUGCGUCUGGCACCAUCAUUCACUCUCGACCUCGACCCCACUGCCAGUGCCUGGGACACGAUAGUGUCAUACCUGCUGUGCAACAAUGAGCGGUGGGUGCUGGCGUCGCUCUGUGUGCUCUGCGGUCUGCUGCAGAACACAGCGGUGCACGACUCAUUACUGGAGGAGCUGGGCAUGCUGCCGUGUAACCGCCGCCACCGACGACUCCUCGUGGAGGCAUUGGUGGGUAACCAAUCAGAGGAGCAGCUGAAGCGGCUGCUGAGGCGGCAGGACAGUGAUGCAGUGGAGGGGGGUGAGCAGGCGGAAGCAGGAGGGGGUGGAGGUGGAGCAGGAGGAGGAGCAGAGGCGGGCAGGGAGGCUGAUAGGCUGUCGCAUGCAGCAGCAGAAGCACCGUUGGGAUCAGGAGCAGAUACAGCUGUAGCACCAGCACCGGCAGCAGGUUCUGAUGCCGGCUCAGCAUCGGGAUUAUCUGUAGUAGACAGGACGGAAUUGAGGGGUGACAGUAGCGGGGGUGAGUGUAGUGAGUGUGGCAGCAGCAGAGGGUCUGGCAGUGGGCGGUGGGCAGUGGGGGCAGGAGCAGGGCCGGUGCUAGGGAGUAGAUUUAUGGCUGUGGGGGGUGGCGGGGAGGGGGGUGGUGGGGAGAGGGUUGAUGGAGCAGUGGGGCGUGAUGGUGAUGGUGGGGGGAGAGGGAGAGGGGGUGAAGAGAAGGGGGAUGAGAGAGGGGGAGGAGGUGCGGUGCUGGACGAGCAGCGGGAUCGAGCCGAGGGGAAGGCAUCUCCAUUCAGGUGUGCAGCGUGUGGGUGUGGUGGGGCUGACACCCCGUCAUCGAAACAGCACUCCAGAAAGAGACGGCAGGUGGUGGACACGGUGUUUGUGCUGUUGUGCAAGAGACCGCCGCCCUCACCUGAAGCCCUGUGGCACGCGGGGUGGCUGCUGCGCCAGCUGCUGCCGCCCAGCCAUCGCCUGCAGUCAGCACAUAAGAAGCUGCUCACUCACGCAUAUGAGCUGGCACGUGGUGACCUGGUGGGGGAGUUAUUGGACUGCUGGUGUGACAUGCUGCCUGCUGCUAUGGUGGAGGAGUGGAAGGCAUGCCGGAAAGCACUGGAAUCAGCCACGCUGGCCAAUGACUCCUCGCUCGUCCUCAUGCCUAGCCUCCCGCCCCUCCUCACUGAUGGUGACUCGUCGUCAGCAGCGUUCGGCGAGAGAAUGCGCACCGUGGUCAAGGUGUACGUGGCAUUGCAUCAGAUGCGAGCCACGCUGCUCGGCCUGCCUCUCCCAGACGUCCCUCCUCUCGCCACAGCAGCCCCUCCCCUCCUCGACGCCCGGUUCGGCCGCAAGGGACUCAAUCUGCCUCAGGCACAGGAAGGCACCGAGGUGCCUCUAGAGCCUGGUGACGCCAUCCCAUGCCGGGUGGCGUUUGAGCGGGGCAAGGAGAAGCAUGUGCUGCUGCUCGUGGCCUCCUCUGCGGCCAACGGGUGGGUGCUGCUGGCAGAGCCGCCUGCCGGCAUGACAGCCAAGGCUGCUGUCGCUGAGGGGGCUACGGGGGUCGUCCGCGUCGUCGCUCCCCUUGCAGGCUGCCAGGUGAACACUUACCUUGAUGACUGGAGGAAGGAGUUCAUCGGGUACGGAAUCUUCGUCGAGGAUUCCGAGUCAGCUCCCGUGAACAUCGUGCAGCAGUUGGAGAAGAAGAAGCUUCUCUCGCAAGUCGAGAAGGCCGGUCUGCUCUCCAAGCUCGAGUCAUCGGGUCUCACGCUCUCCAAAAUCGAGGAGCUCGGCCUUCUAUCCAAGGCCGAAUCUCUUGGUCUGCUCAGCCUUGCCGAGAAAUUCGCCACCACUCCCGCCGGUACCUUCGCCUCUGCGGCUCUCCCGCUCCUCGUCGCCGCCAUUGCUGUGCCGGUAUUGGUGCCUGACGACAGCGCUGCUCUUGUGAUUGGCCAGCUCACAGUCGCUUCUCUCCUGGCUCUCGCUAGUGUCACAUCUUUCACAUUGUCCCUCAUCCUCGGUAUCCUCCAAGAGUAG